AUGCGUGUGGCUGCAGCCGCAAAGAAAAACACCAGACGCAAAAUCAUUGUGGCUUUGGUAGUACUGGCAAAGACCGGUGGGGGCGUUGGUGCCUUUUUUGCGACACAAGGUGGCAGCUCGGAAUCAGGUAGUGUUCCAAAUGACACGACUCCCGCGACAGAAGCAACUGAUAGUCCAACUGAUUUGACCUUGCAAUCUCCGAGUCCCAGUGGUGUUCCGUCUUUGUCUCCGACUACAGUUCUUUUGAAGUACCCUCCUCCAAGUGAAGAUGAUUAUAAUGCAGUCGCACAACAGCUUCCUGUUGAAGGGGAAGAAAGCAUGCGUGUUUUGGGAUUUGCACUAGAUAUGGAAGCCAUUUUAUCGCAAGAUAUUGAACCAGGUACUGUAUUAUCGGAUAUUGAAGCAAAAUUGAAAUCCAUCCUUGUCCCAAGUCUGGUUGGCUGCACCGAUUUGGGAAGGAGACAGCUUCAAGGAAACUUACAGGCGUAUCGCCACCUUGUCAGCUCCUUACGGUUUGCAAUUGCCAACGCCAAGGUCACGGUGAACCUCUCAGACGACGGUGUUUGCGAGACAGAGACUGCACAACCAUGCUACCGCAUUACAGUUACUUUUGAGGUAUCUUUGAAGGGAGAAGAAAAAAUUCUCGGCAUAAUGGGCAUUAUUCUCCAGUUGUUUCAACAAGAUGAUUUGGUAGAUUUUCUUGCUUUGAACGAACCAGCCGAGUUCCUGCUGCUGAUGACACUCGCAUCAACGGACACAACGGAUGAGCCCAGUGCUUCACCUACCGGGAUUCCUAGCAUUCCACCAUCAAUGGCUCCAUCGUCGAAUCCAAGCACUUCGUCGCCAAGUGAUGCGCCAUCAAGUCAUCCAACCCGAGCUCCAAUUGCAGGUCCUACUACUAAUGAGCCCACCGAAGCUCCAGUACCCGAUCGUACUCCUAGCCCUACCGAUGCCCCUUUGACAUCUUCCCCAACCUGA